GUAAGGGAAGCCGAGGAAAGGAGAAACCGAGCCCCGGCCACGGUGGUAAGGAGGAGAGCAGCCAGGGAUGAGGAGGAUGAGGAUAGCGAGGAGGAACCUAAGGUUGAAGUUAAAACCAAGAGCAAGAAGAAACUGGAUAAUUUCUUCACGAUGGAGUCGGCUAAUCUACAGGAGGAAAGAUUGAAUGAGAGAAUGUCACUCAGGGAAUAUAAACCUAUUACUCCUGCGAAUAAACUCUUCCAGAAGAUAGCGCUUGAUAUACAGACUGCGAAGGAAUAUAUGCAGAAUGUAGGUAGAGCCCUAAAAAGGAGAGAAGAAGAGGAAGUCAAAGGAGUACAAUCCGCAGUAAGGAUACUAACAGAGACUCAAAAAUACAUAAACAUUGUGUUCUCCAAGGAUGUAGAGUUGGCGGCCUCCUUCGCAGGAGAAAGCUCAAGCUUGGCUCUUACGGAAACAGAAAACAAGAAGUUAGAGAGGUUGGAUAAAGAGAGAGAGAAGAAGAACAAUGCUGGAUCUCAGUUCAAGAAACCUAAGAUUGAUAAAUCUAACAUCAAGUGCUACGCCUGUGGUGAUUAUGGUCAUUAUGCCGGAAGUUUGGAAUGCGUUUAUACAGUGAGACAGUAUACAGAAGCUGGAGAACCUCUGAAGACUGCGGCCAAGGGACAACAAGCGAUAGGCUGGACUAGAUGAGGCAGUUCGACGGAUCAAGCUUCCAAAAUCUAUAGUCUGAUAUCCGAGCUGGAAACGAGGUUCCAAAUAGAUAAUUCUGUAGAUAUUCAUUCUGAAAACUCUUAUAAGUUUAAUAAAGAAAUUUUGAAAGCCGA